UUGGCUACCGAACAUUACAAAGGUGGACAUAUCCUUGGAUGUUGCCGUCUUGAUGGAGGCGCUGCGCGAGCGCGUCCCGCCGGGUGCGGUGCUUUAUGACAGCCGCGCGAUCACUUCCUGGAAGCGAGAGUCUCACAACGUAAACAGCAUUUACCCAGCGUGAAGCUGCUGGAUGGCGUGUCAUUUACCUAAUGUUUUGCCCCCCAAAAAAGACGUAAAGUUGUGAUGUCGCAGUUGCUCCACUCGCAUGCUACGCGAAUGUGACGAAAACAAUGUUUUAUUAUGAUGUUGGUAUCCGGCUUGAGGGCCUCUCGAGGUCUGCAUAGACAUGCGAGUCGCCACCGAGCAUCCUGCAGAGCACCGACUACAAGGGAAGUAGCAGAGUAACUGAUAUGGAUCCGUGCAUGACGGGACACAGUUCUCAUGGUCAGCAAACAACCUGCCUGCUCUCAACUCAUCUCCCCAUGUUGGGGUGGAGAGUAUGUUUCAUAAGACGUUUUUUACUCAACUUGUAAAUGUUGUGCAACUGUAAUAAAAACAGCCAAAUGCGUGUUUAAAAUGACUUUUAAUCAGCAAGAUACACUAGAAAUGCACCAGAAUGCACUGGAAACAUCUGUUAAAUUGUGCUGCACCUGUAAUUUUUUACAAGAGCGAAUUAAUAAUCCGUCCAUUAUUCUCUUGAUGUAUCAUAGAUGUCAUAAAUAUGCCAAAUCUGAGCAGCUGGAACCAGAGAGUUUAAAUUAUGAUUAUUUUGUUUGCAUUUUUGCUUUCAAAAUGAUCUGAUUAUGUUAUUAUACAAAAUAAGUGCUAAUUCAUUUUCUAUCCUGCCACUAACCGAUGCGUGGUGUAAUUGUUUCAGCUCCACGGAUAAAAUACUGUAAACAAAUCGUCGGUAGAAGAGAAUCAGUAACUGCCGUGAUCCAUUUUUAAUAAUAAGGAGAUCAAGUCCCAUCUUGUUUUGUUCACGUGACUCCUGUAUGACUUCAUAACUCAGAGGAGGGGAGUGUUGAGGCAACUCUGGCUACAGCGUCAGCGAUGAAAACUGCCUCCUUGAGGGAGAAAACCUGAACACAGAGGCACAGGCUCGGGCCGCAGACAAGCAGCUGUUAAUCAGGUGACUGUAAAUACAGAACUGACGUGUGAACCGCAGCAACCCGCAGACUCUCUGGUGGUGCUUGAUGUUUGCAAUAUGUUGUAGUAAAAGGAUGUAAGGAAGGGAAACUACUGCCUGUGGAAAAAGGUAACAGAAUAGAACAUUGUCAGGUGACUGUGUGGUAUACAAUCUGAACGUCUGUCUCAAAAGCCUCGCAACGAUUCAGAGUAAACCCUUGGUUGAUGUGGGGUGGAAGCAUUCAUGAGGCAGGACAUCUCAUGGGCUACUGAUCACAUGACGGUCUUCAUUCCUGUGUGUUUGAAGCGUGUUGCUGCACUUGAUUUGAAACGGAGAACAAUACGUUAACUAAACAAAGGCUGUACGCAAUAUGAAAUAACACAUCAGCAACACAAGGCUCAUGGGAGACAUUAGUCUGUGGAGCUGAAAGAACAAACUAAAGCAACCAAGAUUUCAGACUUCAACCCUUUUUUCCUUCCUACGAUGGUAGUUUGUCCCAAAGUAAAAAGUGUGUUAUUAUUGCCGUUCAGCUGUUGAUUCAAUACUGUAGUUGUACAUCUUUCUGUUUGAAACCCGUGUUCAUUCAUUUUGUUUUCGACAGACUCUUGCCAGGCCUCUCGCACCAAACAUGUCGAACGAACGCACCCCUCUGGUGCCCUCGGGGGUCUGUGGUCUGGCGGUGGCAUGCGGCGUGGAGUUGGACGCCACUGACCCAAGCAAAGACCCUCGAAAACUAAACACUUUUUUCGGGGUGAUGGUGCCCACCAUCCUCUCCAUGUUCAGCAUCGUGCUGUUCCUGAGAACCGGGUUUGUGGUUGGUCACGCGGGGCUGUUGCAGGGUCUUCUGAUGGUGACCGUAGCCUACACCAUUAUCUCUCUCACAAUACUUUCCAUCUGUGCCAUUUCCACCAACGGUGCUAUACAAGGGGGAGGAGCCUACUACAUGAUAAGUCGGUCCCUGGGCCCAGAGUUUGGAGGAAGCAUUGGUUUGAUGUUCUUCCUGGCCAAAGUGUUUGCGUGUGGAGAGUAUGUUCUUGGUCUUGUGGAGGCCUUACUUGAUGUGUUUGGUUCAGAUCCUGAGUCCUCUGUGUCCGAGGGGAUGCGUGUGCUUCCACAGGGCUACUGGUACUCGGUGCUCUACUCCUCCGUGGUCCUGCUGCUGUGUCUGCUCGUGUGUCUGGUGGGCGCCCACAUCUACUCCCGCACCGCCUUCGUCAUCCUGCUGGUGGUCACCGUAACCUUGCUGUCCAUCUUAGUCAGCUCCGUGCUCGUCAAACCUCGUGAUUUUGUCAUCGCCCACAAGGGGUCCGACAACCAGACCGCCCGCUACAACGCCAGCUACACGGGCUUCAACGCCACCACUCUGAGGAACAACCUGGGCUCUGGUUACUCUUUGGACUACAGCACCGACUCCGUCAUGUCUUUCGCCACCGUGUUCGCUGUCAUGUUCACCAGCUGCACCGGGAUUAUGGCCGGAGCCAACAUGUCAGGGGAGCUGAAGACUCCGAGUGUUUCCAUCCCCAAAGGCACCAUCGUCGCCGUCUUUUACACGUUCGCAGUCUACGUCCUCCUCUUCAUCCUGGUCAGCGCCACGUGUGACAGGACCCUGUUGAUUCAGGAUUAUGGGUUCCUCCAGAGGAUAAACAUCUGGUCGCCAUUGGUCACCGUGGGGAUAUUCUGCGCCGCUCUUUCAGCUGCGAUGUGCGCUAUGAUCGGAGCGUCCCGUAUCCUCCAUGCUCUGGCUCUGGAUCAGCUCUUUGGUUUGCCGUUAGCCCCAGCGACAAUCACAUCGAGCUCGGGGAAUCCGUGGGUGGCUGUGCUGUACACCUGGGCUUUGGCACAGUGUGUAGUGUUUGCAGGCCAGCUCAAUGCCGUGGCAGGUUUGGUGACUGUUUUCUACCUGCUUGCCUACGCUGCGGUUGACCUGGCCUGUUUGGCUCUUGAGUGGGCGUCGGCACCCAAUUUCAGACCAACCUUCCAGCUCUUCUCCUGGCACACCUGCCUGCUGGGCAUCCUGAGCUGUUUAGUGAUGAUGUUCGUCAUUAACCCCGUGUACUCCUCAGGCAGUAUCGUCCUCCUGCUAGUGCUGCUGCUUUUCCUUCACUACAGAGCACCCACCAGCAGCUGGGGCUAUGUCAGCCAGGCUCUAAUUUUCCAUCAGGUGCGUAAGUAUCUGUUGAUGCUGGAUGUGAGAAAAGACCACGUGAAGUUCUGGAGGCCGCAGAUGUUGUUGAUGGUGGCCAACCCUCGCUCCUCCUGUCAGCUCAUCCUGUUCAUCAACCAGCUGAAGAAGGGAGGACUCUACGUGUUGGGCCAUGUGCAGCUGGGGGAUCUUGACUCUCUGCCAACAGACCCGGUUCAGCAGCAGUACAACUUCUGGUUGAGCCUCGUCGAUAAACUCGGGGUGAAGGCCUUCGUGGACUUGACGCUGUCGCCCUCCGUCAGACAGGGAACACAGCACCUGCUGCGCAUCACAGGCCUCGGUGGCAUGAAGCCCAACACACUGAUUUUGGGUUUCUACGACGGCUGCACCCCCGAGGACUUCUUCCUCCAGGAUUCUGCGUUCUGCGACUCCUCACUUGGACAAGGGCGCGAGGGCGAAUAUAAUUUUGGGGUCGACUUGCCUUCGUUGCAGGCCCAUUUCCCACCAGUCCGACAUGUGGAGAACCCUCGCUGGCUGUCGCCGGAGGAGUACGUGGGGAUCAUUUCCGACGCCAUUAAAAUGAACAAGAACGUGUGCCUCGCCCGCUAUUUCUUCCAGUUGGAGGGCGAGGGGAAAGACAGCAAGGUGGACGGGUCGGAGCGGACGAUCGACGUGUGGCCCCUCAACCUGCUGCAGCCCGGCAGCCGGGACUACGAGGACGUGUGCAGCCUGUUCCUGCUGCAGAUGGCCUGCGUGCUCAACAUGUCCAACAAAUGGCGGCACGCAAGAAUGCGAAUCUUCCUGAACGUGGAGACGGAGUCCAGCGACCAGGGCUGGGUGGUGAACGAGGAGACGUUCCGAGAGCUGCUCGGGAAGCUGAGGAUCAGGGCGUCGAUAAAGAUCGUGCCCUGGGACUCCGUGGUGCAGCACCACGUGCCGCCGAGCGGGGAGCCCCAAGCGGAGCCGGCGCCGGCUCUCUCCGAGGAGUUCCUGUCCGCGGUGAACAGCAUGCUGGUGGAGCACAGCGCUCAGGCCGCCGUGCGCUUCCUGUACUUGCCGCGACCCGCCGCUCGGCGCGGCGCGGAGCAGCAGUACUUGGCUCGGGUGGAAGCGGUGACCAAUAGCUUGGGGCCGACGCUCCUGAUUCACGGGGUCACCCCAGUCACGUCCACUGAUCUGUGAGCAUGUGCGAGCGUUUCCCCCCGCUAGUAUUGUAGAAGCAGCAAAGUGUUAUCUGCUUGAGUUUCAACUCUGGUUGCGUGUAAAUAUUAACUAUGUUAAGUUACAAGUUUGUAGCAUCUGUUCUAAUAUGUUCACAUAAUGAAUCUUUCUAGUUUUACUCGAGCUUUUCCAAAGGAGCACAGCCACAGAUCACAGAGUGCAUUUUUAAAAUAAGCCACUUGAGGUUUACAGGGCUCUCAAGUGUCACGCAUUGAACGUGAGACUCACGCAUUUCGGUCUUAAGUCACGCACUCCCGCCACACAUCGUAUUUCUCACGCUGAAAAAAACUCUCGGCUAUUUAAUGUUUUAAUGUGCCGCAGCGCGCAAACAUGAGUUGGCCGCGCUGCCCUCACCGUGGAGGAAUCAAGCGAUCCCCUGGAGUUCUGCUGUGAGGAGACACUUAUCAGCCAAUCAAAAAAAAGAAAUGGGCUGCUGAUGGAAAUGUCACUCUUGCCUGUCUUCAAAACUUGAGAGCCCUGGGUUUAUGCACUUAAAUAGGUUAUUUUCCUAUUUACAUAUACUUGAACUGGCUUGGUGAUUGAGCCAAGAAAUGUGGGAGUACUAACUUUUUUGGUGUGAUUUAUGUUGACACAACCUCAUGUUUGGAUCAGCUUUACAUCUGUCUAUUCACUUGAGACUGAAAAAAGUCAAACUAGCUUAGUUUGGAGCAAUACGGGUUGUCUUUGACAUUUAAAACAAAUGUCUAAACUUAAUUUCAGGGAUGAAAUUAUACAUUUGUGUUAAAGGUAAAGACCUUUUUUGGCCCUGAUUCAGUUUCUAAAUUAUAUUUUGCAGCUUUCUUUUCCUACAUUCUCAGAUUUCUGCUGGACCAAAUAAUUCAAAGACCUUUAAAAAAAUAAAUAAUUCUGAGCUGAAUUGAGUUCUUAGUUUUGCAAACAUGUCUUAACGAAGGGAACCAUCUUCUACAUGUGACCUCAGAAUGAUGAACAGUAUGCGUUUACUUGAAAACUAUACUUGGAUUUUGUGCUCCAUGAUGCAGACUGUUAUUUAUUUAUAUAUAUCGUUACUCAUGAGAGGCAGUCUUAGAUAGGACCACGAACAAUGAUGAUUCAGACCUAGUCUGGGCUGAAACCAGAGCAAGUAGUUAUAUUUUGACAAAAGAAUUAAUCUACCCCAUUUACAGUACAAAGCACAGAAUGAAAUGUUACUGCUUUCUUGUCAAAGUUGCUUUUCUAGUGUUGCAGCACUUGCAUAGACCAUUUAACGAAUAGACAGUUACUUAAUCUAUUUGCAUGAACUUUUGCUCAAGGUCAUUACUGUAGAUGUACAUAUUAAACUGCUGUUUGUCACCGUUGUUAAUAUAU